AUGGAGACUUUCCCUGGCUCCCUGGAUCCAGCUCCUCCAACGCCUCUCACCCUGACAGCCAGCGAUCGCCUUAUCGGGCUCCUGCAGCCCAAAGAGCCUCCUUCCAUGGGUGUCUCAUUGCUUUUCCAUCUCAAGCCCCUUCAUCCAGCACUCCACCUCGGCCCUCUGCCAUUACCUCCACCUUGGCUCCAACCUCCCUCAUCUCCACCAUGGCCCAUCAGUCCACCAGCUUCACCAGCCUCCAUCCUUCCUCCGGUCAAGCAUCAGCCCACCCUCACCUCAGGACUGUACUCCUCCGUUUUCACUCCGUCCCUUCGUCCCUCUGUUCACUUGGCUUCUUCUCUCCCUCCUGCUUUCCCUGUGUCGUCGGUCGUCUUGGUUACGCUGCGGCCUUCUGGAACCCUGCCUACGCCUCAGUCGGCGAAGCCGUCGGUGUCGCCAUGGUGCUACGGACCUUCGGCAUCGCCUGGACUCCAGGCCUCUUCGGCAGGCCGCUGCACCUGA